AUAAAAUGAUCCUGGAUCUGUUUUUCAGCACCACACGUACCCGGACGAAAGCUGAACAGCAUCAAGGUUGAUUGUAAUAUUUGUCGAAGAAGGAAUCUGCAAAAGGUGAACGGAGUCUUGAAGCAGGCGUUUGACGGAGAGAAGUGGCCAGCUUCAUUUCACUGCUCUUACAGGACGAUGGAGACUGAACUCGAACAACAGGAAGAGGAGACCACUUUCAGCAACACCGAUACCAACGGGAAACGUCCAGCGGAGGACACUGAGGAGGAACAGGCCUUUAAGAGAUCCCGCAACACAGACGAGAUGGUGGAGCUCAGGAUCCUACUGCAGAGCAAGAAUGCAGGAGCUGUGAUUGGAAAGGGCGGAAAGAACAUCAAAGCGCUCCGCACCGACUACAGUGCCUCUGUCUCAGUCCCAGACAGCAGUGGCCCAGAGCGUAUUCUGAGCGUGUCUGCGGAUAUCGAAACCAUCGGCGACAUCCUCCUGAAGAUCAUCCCCACUCUGGAGGAGUAUCAGCACUACAGCGGGAUUGACUUUGACUGCGAGCUGCGACUGCUUAUACACCAGAGCCUGGCUGGAAGCAUCAUCGGGGUCAAAGGAGCUAAAAUCAAGGAGCUGAGAGAGAACACCCAGACCACCAUCAAGCUGUUCCAGGAGUGCUGCCCUCAGUCCACUGACCGCGUGGUCCUGGUGGGAGGGAAACCGGAGAGGGUGGUCGAGUGCAUCAAAGUUAUCCUGGAACUCAUCUCUGAGGCCCCCAUUAAAGGCCGGGCCCAGCCCUACGACCCAAACUUUUACGACGAGACGUACGACUAUGGCGGCUUCACCAUGAUGUACGAGGAGCGCGGCCGGCGGCCCAUGGGCUUCCCCAUGCGCGGGCGCGGCGGGUUCGAGCGCAUGCCCCCGGGCCGGGGGGGGCGGCCCAUGCCCCCCUCCCGACGCGACUAUGACGACAUGAGCCCCCGCCGCGGCCCUCCGCCCCCACCCCCAGGGAGAGGCGGCCGGGGGGGCAGCAGAACCCGAAAUCUUCCCCUGCCCCCACCCCCACCGCCGAGAGGAGGGUAAGAGAACAGCCUCGUUUCUUGGAGAGGCGUUUUGUCGCAGCGAGUCGGCGAGCGGAGAGGGAGGCCGGGAGAUCGCUAUGACAGCAUGAGUGGGGGAGGAUAUGGUAAACAACAUUCAUCCUGGGAGCCCUUUCAGUCUGGAGGUCGGGGGUCGUACGGAGACAUGGGCGGUCCUGUUAUCACCACGCAAGUGACCAUCCCCAAAGACCUGGCAGGAUCCAUCAUCGGGAAGGGCGGGCAGCGGAUAAAGCAGAUCCGCCACGAGUCGGGGGCGUCCAUAAAGAUUGACGAGCCGCUUGAGGGCUCAGAGGACCGCAUCAUCACCAUCACAGGCACGCAGGACCAGAUCCAGAACGCCCAGUACCUGCUGCAGAACAGUGUGAAGCAGUACUCUGGCCGGUUCUUCUAGCGGCGGGCGAGUGAGAUUGAAGGAGCGCGGCUCUGCUUCGGUUAUAAAGAGAACAUUCCUCUGCUUUAGGUAGACGCAGUCCCCACCCUGCUCCCCAUACGCUGUCUGCCAUUUUAACUAUCUCACUCCUUCAGCUAAAUGUCUGGAAGUUCAUAAAGGCAGUGCAACAACUGCGUUUUAUUUCUUCUCUUGACUAUGUUUCGCUUGGUUUGUACCAUUUCUGUAAGUAGGAUGCGCGUGUAUGUGUGUGCGCGUGUGUGCGUGCGCGUAUGUUUGUGAGUGCGCGUGUGGGUUCAUUCACUAUGGGCAAAGAUGUGGCAACAGCUAUUUGGUGCAACAUGCAUAAUAUGAUUGGUCCUGUAACAUUUUAUUUUUAAAUAUACAUUUAGGAAAAUGUACUUUUGCUAUUUUAGUUAAAGGCUAGGGGCUGUAUAAAUGUAAAUAUACAGUAAUUGUUUCUAAAUGUUUUAUAACACUUUAUUUUCUGUAAGAUUGCUUUUUUUCCCCCUUUUCCUGUGGGUCAUGUUUUACUGUAUUAAUUGGACCAAAAAGAGGGGUGGGACUUUGGUGAUGAUUGAUUGCUGCUCACUGUUUUUGACACAGCAUGUCGGCCUGUGACGAUCACUCAGAUGUCAUUUCUACCGUUUCGCAAAGCCCAUAGUCUCGCUGAAGCUUUUUUUCUAUUUGUGUAGGUGAGCAUUUUUAAUAUCUCAGACAGGGCCUGCGUAUUCGUGGCCUGGUCUUUGUCAUGUUUGUGUUUCCAUCUCUUCCCUGCCCUUCCGCUGUAGAGUUUCAGUAAUAAACACUGUGCCACCUUUUAAA